GGAGAGACGGGUGGGCAGGCUGCUCACCGUAAACGAUGGUUGUCGGAUAGAGUCUUGAAGACCUAAUGAAACUGGCUGAAUUGUUAGCAGCGAUUAAAGAGCUCCGCGUGCUUUGCAUCUCUCGGAUCCUUGGAAGGAGAAACUGCAGCAGCACGCAGAUAAAGAACAGUUAAAAAAAAGAAGAGGACUUUAAUUUUUUUUACUAUUUAUUUCUCCUCUCUUUUUUCUGCAGUAAGCCUUUUCACGGCAGCAGCAGCUCUUUCCCAGCGGACAGGACCGUUUCAUGCCAGGUGGAAGACCGACCUCUCUCUUGGACCCCAUACCGGCCUCACACUCUCCUCUGGCGGGCUCAGAAGCAGCAGUUCCCGGCAUUUGCUGGGAUGUUUGAGUCGCGUUGUUUGGUGGGGUGAAGGGACCGAGAGAGUGGCCGAAAGACCGAAGGGACGGAGGCCGAGAGAGGAGCCGGGAGCAUGGCUCUGAUAGUGCUGUCUCUCUGGGUGCUAACGAGUCUCACCUGGGCGGACGUGAUCCCGGUGCCAGCCAACAGGCACUCCGUUUACUGGAACAGCUCCAACAUACAUCUGCGUAGGGAGGGCUACACGAUGCAGGUGAACGUCAACGACUACCUGGACAUCUACUGCCCUCAUUACAACGACAGCCAGCGCAUGGUGGGCACCGGCGAGCAGUACAUCCUCUACAUGGUCAGUUACCGCGGUUACAGGAACUGCGACCCCCAGCUGGGCUUCAAGAGGUGGGAGUGCAACCGGCCCCACGCCCCCCACGCACCCAUCAAGUUCUCCGAGAAGUUCCAGCGCUACAGCGCCUUCUCGCUGGGAUACGAGUUCCACGUUGGACAGGAGUACUACUACAUCUCCACGCCCACCCACCAUCACGGCCGCAGCUGUCUGAGACUACGAGUGUACGUCUGCUGCUCCACGGCCUCUGACGUGGAUGAUGAGCCAGAGCCUACAGAACCAGACUACACGCUUAGACCAGGCGUAAAACUUGAAGAUAGUGAUGAAUAUAACCCUUUCAUUCCCAAACUGGAGAAGAGUGUCAGCGGAAGCAGCCCGUCCAGGGAUCGCCUUCUCCUCACCGUGACGAUGCUCCUUCUGGCCGCUCUCUUCAUCUCCUAGCAACGGCCAUCCCAUCAGUGUCACCAUGCCAACUAGCCUUGGGAGGGUGUACAGUAUCAGCGGGUGGGGGAGUCGAGGGAGGAGGGGGGGAGUCGGGAGAGAGAGGAGAGUUAAGAUACCACAAAUAGAGCAGAAGGCGAAAGGAGCAAGAAAUUAGAGUUUUCAAGCAUCAGUGUGAAUGUGUGUGUAUGUGUGUGUGUGUGUGUAUGAGGAAGUGUGUGGUUUUCGUGGAAUUGAAAGACCUUGAGGCACAAACUGAACCGUAUGUUUUAAAGUCAGCCUGUGCAUACAGAUGCAGGUGUGAUAGACUGUGUUUGUGUGAGUGUGUGUUUGUGUGUGUGUGUGUGUGUGUCCAUGUGUGUCUGUGUGUGUCUGAACAAGCCACAGGUUGAGCUUGUUGAAUCAUGCACACCACACAAAGCAUUUAUACACCAGGAGAGGCCGGGCUGAAAUCCUAGUAAAAAAAAAAGCAUCAAAUCCACCCAACCAAUUGAAAACCAUUUGAAGACUUUCCCCUGGAUGUGAUUGGCUGAAACACUUCCUUAGAGCUAGUUGCCAUAGUUUCUUGCAACAAGAAUUAAAUGAACUGAAUCAGAUAGAUUUAAUGAAAACUGAACUGAAAUUGCCUUUUUUUUGUUGUUGUUGAUGUUGAUGCUGGAGACUUUUCCCAGUCCACGAAAGAAAAAAGGAACCAGCUGACGAACUGAGCAGGUCCUGUGUAGGAGACUAGUCGAAGUAGCUGAUAGUUCAUAAACACACCCUGGGACUCCAGACGCCAGUGUUUUAGUUUUCAUCUCCGGUGUCUGCCGUGUCAUCCUGUGUUCACCAUCAGCUCGUCUCUAUGGAAGGGGCUGGACGGGGUCCUGGGGAAACACAAGAGCAUUUAAACAAUGAAGCAUUCACUCAAACAAAACAAGAGGGGAUUUACUGUAGAUGUGCCAUUGACACGGGGGGGUUUGUUGAUGUUAUAAGUUGCUGUGUCACUUUUCUGUCCUGUAUUUGAAGUACCGAGGUUAAGGAAGAACACGAUGGCUACAGAGCAGCCAUGGAAACACGCAGCAAUACUGCCCUCCUCUCAACACACUGCAGGCUGUUUUGAGGAGAGCAAGAGGAACAGGGACAAAGGAGGAAGGACAGUCCCUCACACAGGCGUCUAUGAGCGGGUCCAGUCCUGGACAAUAAGCAGCCGUCCACUGAUCAAUGUGGCGCAGCAGCCCGCUCCACCAAUGCCAUCUCUGUAAACCCAUUCAUCAGAUCCCACAUGUAAACGGUUUUCUGUUACUGUUUGAUUGUUAAGUGUGCCUGAAAGAGAAAACAUUUCUGAGUGUGCCACAUGUGUGUUUGAGAUUGAGAGAGACUAUUUUAAAUGGUACUAACGGUCAGAAAAUACAUCCACAUUAUGUACAUCUUAUACGUAUGAAAAUGCAAAAAUAAAAUAAAAAUAAAAACACAAACUAAAGCAACAAGUAAUAUACAGUACAUAAAACCAAGUGCUUUGGUGGGGAGUUGCGGCGAUUCAAAACUCAAACAACUGUACCAGUCGGUUGCUUCAGCAUAGUUUCCAUGGCAACUAGCACCUUAUUCACCAUGGUUACCCCACCCUGCCAACGAUGGACUCUAGUAGGGCAUGGCUUACCAUAGUAGCUGAUAAAAAACGAUGAUGAUGGUGAAGAUGAUUUUAGUGAUGAUGAAGACCUUGAUGGACUGCGAGCUGACCGGCUCACCCACCGGCAUGUGAGGCGUUUAAGUACGCGUGUAAAUGUCAUAACGGACAAAGAAUGGAAUAACAAUGUCUUUACAUUUGCCAAGGUGAAAUGUAUUGUAAGCAUUUUUACAAACUUGAAGCUCAGUUUCCUUGUGGUUGUUUUUUUAAAUCUUGUUUUUUAAUCUUUUAUUUUUUAAUUGCUGUGUUGAAUUUGUAGUUGUCUUGAGGGGGGGGGGGUUGGGGUUGAGCCAUAUGUAAACCUGGGCUGCACUGUGUGAGUCUCUUUGUCAACUUUAAGGUUAAGCUAUCUUGGGUUAGUAGGAUUUCCAGAAAUAUUAAUAUUGACAAGUCAUCCCUUUUUUUUUUCUAGUGACCCCUUUAAAGGACAGUUCAUCAAUCCUACACAUAAGGAUGACUUUACUCAUGUUGUCAAACGUUUCCUGUCACACAUAGGGAACUUUUUAAAAUCGGAGAAAAAAAUAGACCUACUGUUCAACCAAGGGAUGAUUAUACUUCUUGAACAGGUCAAAUUAUCCAGUCAUCUUAAUCAGAACCGGAAAAUCAUAAGAAAAAAGUCCAAAAUCAUAGCAGAUAUUGUGCGGUAGAAUUUCAAUUUUUUGCUUAACGAUCCCAUGACUCGUCAGAUUUGUGUCUGGGUUAAGUCGACCAGGUUGGGAACCACUUAUAAAGUUUUAUUUUCAUCAGUGUGCUAGUAGUUCUGGGUAACCUUCCCCAAUGGUUUGUGACAGUUAGCUAGAUUAUUUUCUCCACAAAACUUUGGAGAGCACACAUUUUUUAAUGAAUAGGAAUAUGUAGCUCCUGUCACCCCAGACAAGAGUCUAUACCUUUGGAAAAAAACAUUGAUCAUGUAGUUUUGGAGCAUCAUUGAAAUCGAUACAUUAGUGUGUUUAAAAACCCCGGUGUAUAUAUGGCUCAUGAUGGGAGGGUUGUGGGUCCUGGUGUGGAGGGAGAGGGUUACAAACUCUUCAAGAAGUUGCACUUAAGAACUUAGACACGAGAAUAAGAAAGUGUGUGUCCGUAUGGAUGUGUGUGUGUGUGUGUGAGAGUAAGAGCCUAUUUCUGUUCAUCACUUCAUCUCUGUGUGCAGAGCUUUAGCAUCAGAGGCUGUCUGUGUUAGUGUGUGUGCUGAUGUCAGUGUGUACAUGUGUGUGUGUGUGUGAGCAAAUGAAUGGGUGAGCAACAGUCUCUUUGUUUCUGCUCUUCCUGUGUGUGUAUGAGCGAGAGUGUGUGACCGAAUGUUGUCUGGCAAAAGAAAAAAAAAGCAUUUAAUAGUGUUGGAAACAACAAUUACAAUCAUGUUUACCUUUCGACUGGAAUGACUUUAAAUGAACUUGAAAAUAAAAUGUAAAAUGAACAAACCAUAACAGAGGUUAUAACAAUGAUCAUGAUAACAAAAUAAUAAGCUUACAAAUAUUACUUUUAACAAGA